AUGAAUCCAAAGACCAUGCAAAACUUCAGACGAACCUAUGCAGUGCCGUAUAAUUUUCAUAAAGCAUGCCAUGAGGAGGAGCAUGCAGAGAACGAGCAGGUGGGGGUGGAGAAGCAGGAGAAGAAGGAUGAGGAUCAGAAGGAGGAGGAGGUUAAUCAGGAGGAGAAGGAGGAGGAGAAGGGAGAAGACGAGAAGCAGGAGGAGGAUAAUGAGGAGGUGAAAAAGGAGCAUGAAGAGGAGGAAAAUACGGACGAGCAGGGGGAGGGGCAGGCGGAAGUGAAGCAGGGUUAUCUGAAUGAUGAGGAGGAGUUCGAUCAGAUGUAUCAGGAGAAACAGGAGAAGAAGGAGAAGGAGCAGGAAAGGGAGCAGGAAGAGGAGCAGGAAGAGGAGCGGGAUGAGGAAAAGGAUGAGGAGAAAAAAUUAGGAGCAGAGGAGCAGUACGAGGAGCAGUACGAGGAGGAGGAGCAUGAGGAGAAGCAGGAGGAGGAGCAGGAGGAGGAGCAGGAGGAGAAGCAGGAGGAGGAGCAUGAGGAGGAGAAGGAGGAGGAGCAGGAUGAGGAUCAGGAGGAGGAACAGGAGGAGGAUCAGGAGGAGGAGGCGGAGCAAGAGGAGGAGCAGGAGGAGGAGCAGGCGGAGAGUCAGGAAAAGGAGCAGGGGGAAGCACGUCUCUAA